AUGAGAGAAGUCAAGCUCGAAGCUCUCCCCAGGAGAUUCAAGGUUCCGAGCAUAUCGCAGUACAAUGGGGACAGCGACCCCUAUGACCAUCUGGAUGCAUUCAAUGUCCAAAUGGACCUGCAGACCACUAGCUCGCUGGUAAGGUGCCGGGUGUUCCCUGCGACCUUGGGAGAUAUUCCGCGUGCUUGGCUUAGAAGCCUUCCAUCUCGCAGCAUUGGCAGCUGGGAAGAAUGCCAGCGGAGGUUCCUCGGUCGGUACAAGGCACUGAGGCGGCAGCUCGCUCCUCCGUGCCACCUCGCCACGGUCUUCCAAAGGUCGAGCGAGUCCCUCAAGGACUACAUCACCAGGUUCCGGCAUGAGGUGAGUAACGUCGAAAGUCCCUCUGAUGAAAGUAUCUUGACGGCCAUCUCAGCCGGCCUUCGAAAAGACGGGAAGCUCUACGAGAGCAUCUACAAAUCCCCCAUUACUGAUCUGGGAGAGUUCUAUGAGCGAGCUGCAAAGGAGAUCCGGUGGGAAGAGGCAUUCGGUUCGAAGAAGCCCGUCGGACAUAGGGAGGAAGCCGAAAGUUCUAGCCAAGACAGGAAAAGAAACGACGGGGGAAAUGGAAAGGACAACCGUGAUGAGAGGUCUAGCAAUCAGGUAGCCAAGCGAGCUUGA